GUCCUGGUGCCAGAGCUGCUGCUGGAGGGAGUCAGUGCAGUCCUGCGUCGGACACGCCUGCAGCCUGGACCCGGGAUCCCCAUUCCCCUAGAACCCCUGAGCCUCGGGCCUCCGCACCCACAUCCAAGGUGAGUCUCUCCGCGGGCUGUGCUGGGGCUGGAUGGGUCGGACCCUGUAUUCCAGCUGCAGCUUCCCGCGCAGUGAGAAGGCAGCGGUCCCUGAGAACCCAGCAGUGCCCUGGGAGCCUGCAGAGCGCAGGGGCGGAUUCUGCGUCGCACUGGCCGUCACGGAGCGGCCGCGGAGGAGAGGGGUGGGUCGGUGGGUCUGACAACAGGUCUGCCUAGGCGGCCGCUUCUGUCCCUCCCAGCCCCUCGCUCCGGGCAAUGAGCGGGCCCCGGGCCCUGCUGGCCGCGCUCUGGGCGCUGGAAGCCGCCAGGGCCACGGCGCUUCGCAUCGGAGCCUUCAACAUCCAGAGCUUCGGCGACAGCAAAGUGUCGGACCCGGCUUGCGGCAGCAUCAUCGCGAAGAUCCUGGCGGGUUAUGACCUCGCGCUGGUGCAGGAGGUGCGAGACCCAGACCUCAGCGCCGUGUCCACGCUCAUGGAGCAGAUCAACAGGGUGUCCGAGCACGAGUACAGCUUUGUGAGCAGCCAGCCCCUGGGCCGGGACCAGUAUAAGGAGAUGUACCUGUUCGUGUACAGGAAGGACGCGGUGUCUGUCGUGGACACAUACCAGUACCCGGACCCCGAGGACGUCUUCAGCCGCGAGCCCUUCGUGGUCAAGUUCUCGGCCCCCGGCUCAGGUGAGCGGGCCCCGCCCCUCCCCUGCCGCCGACCCGCCCCUCCCCUUCCGCCGGGACCUGACGCCCGACCCCUUCCCGCAGCAGCGCAGAAGCUGGUGCUGAUCCCGCUGCACGCGGCGCCGCAUCAAGCCGUGGCGGAGAUCGACGCGCUCUACGACGUGUACCUGGACGUGAUCGACAAGUGGGGCACCGACGACUGGGCUGCCAUCCGCCUGAGAAGCAGUGAGGUCUUCAAGUGGCUCAUCCCUGACAACGCCGACACCACGGUGGGCAACUCAGACUGCGCCUACGACCGCAUCGUGGCCUGCGGCGCCCGCCUGCGCCGAAGCCUGAAGCCCCAGUCGGCCACUGUGCACGACUUCCAGGAGGAAUUCGGCCUGGACCAGACUCAGGCUCUCGCCAUCAGCGACCACUUUCCGGUGGAGGUGACCCUCAAGUCCCACAGAUGACUCGAGGCCUGGCUGGGGCAUGCCACCUGCAGACCCUGGCCCUGAGGAAUGGCCCCACAGUGGCCCCUUCAGGGUAGCAGCCACCCUUCAGUGAGGCCCCAAGGCAGAGUCGGCUGGGCGUGGACCAGGGGCCAUGGACACGUAAUGGGCUGCCCUGCAACUCUGUUCCCCAUCUGUGAGACGGGCUGCAUCCAGCGACCUCAGGGGGUGUUGUGAGCCCCAUGAGGGGCACAUAGGGCACUGCCUGGCAAAUGUCUGCUCAAUAAAUGAGCCGCUCCCAGCCGGGCCCCACA